AUGGCCCAACCGCCGCCACCACAUCAACAGCCGACGGCUUCCGGCGCCGACCGCAUCCGCUCCCUCACAGACCAAGACUCCAUCUUCCAGGCCUUUGACUCCUACCCCUGGAGCAAGGACAAGGCAUUCCUGGCCGGCCUCUCUGCCAUCCUCGGUGAACCCGGCUCGCCCAACCCGCAGGGCGGCUCCCCCACAGACAUCGCCACGCACGCCCGCGUCUUCUACUACGCGCAACGCAUCGGCGUACAGAUCGACUUCGCCCAGUACCAGCAAUGGCUCGCAGACCACCCCGACCACAAGCCGCCGCAGGUCGUCCCCCCAGAGUACCUCCCCGCGCAGGACGACGCAGGAGACAAGGCGGCGGGAGACGCAUCCUCCGCACCGACUCUCUCCUGGCAGCAGGCAGCCCCCAAGGCCGACCUCUACGUGGACCGCAGUGCCGCGUCUCAGGCGUCCCCUGGCGGCGCGGGCGAGCCAAGCUACCCGAUGGGCUUCGCCGAGAUGCUUAAGCUCCUGCAAGAAGGGAAGCCGAUUCCGGGAAUUAGGCAGAUCCCCAACACGGUUGCUAGAGACCCGGUGAGAUUUUACCUCCACAUGAUGCGCCAGUGUAGCUCGUAUUCUUACUAUCUGAGCAGGGAGUGA